AUGAUCUGCGUGAAGACGUAACUCACUUGUUAUGAAGACAAUUGACCAAUCAGCGAGCAAGAUCUGUUCAGGAAACGCUGCUUGGUUUUUACCUGCAGAAAGGAAGCUACACGUAGCCGGAGAGCCGAGGCGGACCCAGUCUCUUCUAAAGGCUGUCUAAAGGAGGACUGUUGUGGCGAGCGACGAUGGUUUGCGGCGGAUUCAUUUGCACCAAGAACGCACUCUGCGCUCUCAACAUUGUCUAUGUUUUGGUGGGUCUGCUGCUAAUCGGAGUGGCAAGCUGGGGGAAAUGGUUUGACUUGGUCUCCAGCAUCAGGGUGGUGGCAGGGGUCAUCGGCGUGGGCAUCUUCCUGUUUGUGGUUGCCGUUAUGGGGCUGUGGGGCGCCCUGAAGCACCACCAGGUCCUGCUCUUCUUCUACAUGAUAAUCCUGUUUAUAGUGUUUGUCGUACAGUUUUCUGUGUCCUGUGCUUGUCUGGCACUGAAUAAAGAACAACAGAACAACCUGCUGCAGGCUGGAUGGAACAAAUCCGAGGCCACUCAAACGGACCUUGAGAAAACACUUAACUGUUGUGGCUUCCUUUCUGUUCCAGUCAAUGGCAGCUCAUGUGAAGCUAGAUGCUUUCACAACCCUAAAGUGACUUGUGACACGUGCUCAGACAUCAUCCAGCGGUACGCUGGAGAUGUGUUACGGUUUGUUGGUGGUAUCGGACUCUUCUUCAGCUUCACAGAGAUCCUCGGAGUUUGGCUCGCCCACAGAUACAGAAAUAUCAAAGAUCCUCGAACAAAUCCUGGAGCCUUCCUAUAACCACUCAUAAUUAAAUAAACCCAAAACAUUGCACUGCUGUAUAAUUGUUUUUCCCUGUUUCUGUAAAUCAAAUUUCCAUUUGUAAGAUUUAAAGUGAGACUUCAACUUUUGCUGUUGCUGCAACAUGAGUGACAAUGAAAGGAUAAGGAUGGCAGUGUAACAGUAACGCAAGUUGGGGAAAACCAAUAUUCUUGAGCUCCACAGCAUCUAUCAAAGGAUUGCUCACAGCUAACAUUAGCCACUGGUAUUAGCAGACCAAGUUAAGCUGCAACUGCAAAACCUCAGUGUGUUGAACUGGGCAAAGUUGGGUUUUAUUGCUUAUCAAUUCCACAAUUUGCUUUAAUUGCUGCUCAUUAACCUUCAUUGAAAUUACUUUUGGUGCUGUGAAUAUUGUCUUUCUUUUCACGCAGUAGUUUAACAUUUGGGGAAAAUUGGCGUGUUUGCUCUCUUGCUGAGAGUCAGAGAAGAUGUUUGAUACCAUGGGCAUGUCUGAAAUGUCAGUAUGAAGUUACA